ACAAUGAAAGACGUAGACAGUGAUGAUCUGAUAACUGGCCCGCUUCCCAAGCUCAGGAGCUCGAAAGAAUGGUUGGAACCACGGACGCUCUCUUUUAUGGAGACCUUAGCUAAAGAAGAUACUGAUGCAGCUGUUCAAUCGAUAUUAUAUAGAGAAAAUUAUUUAAUUAAGGAACUAGAUAAGUAUUUAAAACAUAAUGACUUCUUAAAUACAAGAAGAAAAGAGAUAUUAUAUAAAAGAUGGGUUGACCAUGUGGCAGAUCCUCUCCAGAAGAAAAUUAUAGAAAAAGUUUGUUCACAUACGAAGAUUGAAAAAAGGAGACAAGAGGAAUUAGAUGGUUUUUUAAAAUAUGUAAACAAACAGAGAAAUGUUUUUAUAGAACACUAUGAUCCAAAAGAGUAUGAUCCUUUUUAUAUGAGCAAAGAGGACCCCAAUUUUCUGAAGGUUACCAUCCCGCCAUUUCAUGACCCUUUGAAAAAGGCACAAUAUGACAAGGAUGACGGAAAAAGAACUCUGCUUCAGUGUGAGACUGGUAAAAUAUAUACAAUGAAAGAAUUUAAAGAGAUUGAGAAGACCCAGCUGCAUUCCAGAUUCCCAAGAAUUUCUAAUUCAAGGCAUUUUAUGACUCCAAAUGAAUGGCUUAAACUGCCUACAAGAUACAUAGAAAGUGAAUUUUGUAAAAGGAGCAGGUUAAAAGUGAAAGUGAAUUUUAACGAUAGUUUUGAUUUGAAACCCUCGGCGAGAGCUCCUUGUCUUCCGGAAUCCCAGAAAGAAGAAAGAACAGUUAUUUACAGAAAUAAAGGGUCAUCCUUUUUGGAAAAAGAACCUCUAUGUUAUCAGGAAGGAAAGAAACCAAGUCCCAAAGAGGCCAACUCUGAAGGGCACUUUUCUUCCUUGAACCUCAGCCAGGAGGUAGAAAGUGACGAAGACGGUCUCCUCUCCCCUAACCUGGGGCUGCUGAGGCUGGCACUACAAGAAAGGAGUGGUCGGUUUCUUCACAUCGGAAACCACACGAGGCGGUCUGUCGCAAGCUCACCUUCCGGUGUGAGGCGUCAAAGAGACGCCGACGCGUCGGGAGCGUGGCGGGAUCGGGCGGCUGAGGCCCGCGUGCGCCGCCCGCCGGCCGGGAGGAGGAAGGCGCGCGAGGAGGCUCGCGGGCCGAGGGACGCGGCUUCAGCAGCAGCGUUUCAUGUGCCGGGAGAAGGCCGUCCCCUGCCCUUCCCCGGGACGUUAGGGUCCCCGUCCCGCCGGGCCCGCGCCCCAUCGGCCUCGCGGCGCGCACCCGCCCACCCCGGCCCGCGGCCCCCGGGCAGCCCCUCGGCUUAG